CCCUUAGUCAGAUUUCGAUUUGGAACCUUAAAAAAAAUCUCAAAGACUUCACCGAUCCUCUUCUCGAAGAUACUCGAUUUCGGUGACACAUUCUCGUUUUCAUUGAGGAUUUUUGAGAAAUUGCUUAUUAGUCUGUGAUGGGUGGUCUAGCUAUGGAGGAAAUGCCUUUAUCGGCGCUAUUUGAGCAAGCAAGGAAAUUCAUCUUGCUGCUUCAGAGUCCGGAUGUUGUGAAGAAAGGAUGUGAGAUGUUUCAGAAGUGCGAAGAUAUGAUCGGGAAGCUGGCGCUGUUUUCGUCUAACGAGACUAAAGAAGAUAUUAGCACCAACAAUCUCAAAUAUCUUUUGGUGCCUUACUAUCUUGCGGACCUGACGGAGAAAAUCAUACAGGAAGACCGGAUUCAAAUUGUCAAAGCCUCGUAUGCAAAGUUGAAGGAGUUCUUUUCGUUCUGUGAGGCAAUGGAGCUUGUUCCGGAUGAGGAGUUGGAGGCUUCUUCACGAGGAGGUUCCGGUGCACCUGCAGAUCGAAAGGCUCUGAAGAUAGCUCGGUUCAAACGUCAAAAGGCUGCAGAGGCAAAGCUUCUUGAAAUUAAAGAGAGGAAGGAGCGACGUGGACGUUCCACUAAAGCAGCAGCCUUGUCGACUCCGGUUGAAUCUGGAGAAGAUGAUAUUCCAGAUGAUGACAGCGAAGAAGAGAGAGAGGCCUGGCUCUCCUCAAUUAACUUGGCUGUUUGUAAGAUAAGAGGAAAUGCUCUCUGCAAUAAAGGAAAGACAGUUGAAGGAUGGAGGGAUGGGUUUUCUCGGGAUGCUCUUGAUGAUCGUACAAAGAAAGCUGAAACCUGGCACAGAGACGCUGCUGCGAGGGUACGGUACUCUAACCCAGCACAACCAAUCACUUGUGCUACAUUUGCACAAGAUGUGUUAGAAGGAAGAGCUUCGGUAUCAGAAGGUCACGAACACAAGCACCAACCUCUUAUAUUCGGUCCAGCAAGCAUCGUGGGUGGACCGCUCUCUACACAGAGAGAGAGGAUGAUAGCUCAGGGAUACCUGAAAUGGCUUGCGAUUUCUGCCAGCUGGUCCUUCGUUUUGUUCGCUUCAGUUGCCUGUAGUGUUCGAUUAGGCCGAUACUUUAGUGGUUGGAGCAAAAAAUCAGAUGGAACUCCAAUGUUUAUUUAUGGAAUCACUACUGCUGAUGAAGCAACAGAAUUUGUGAUCACAUCCCUGAGUUUUGGGAUUGCUACGAUAGUAGUGGCAGUGCCUUUUGGACUUUCUAUAGCCGUUCGCUUGAAAGCAUCAACAACCUGGCACAGAGACGCUGCUGCGAGGGUACGGUACUCUAACCCAGCACAACCAAUCACUUGUGCCACAUUUGCACAAGAUGUGUUAGAAGGAAGAGCUUCAGUAUCAGAAGGUCACGAACACAAGCACCAACCUCUUAUAUUCGGUCCAGCAAGCAUCGUGGGUGGACCGCUCUCUACACAGAGAGAGAGGAUGAUAGCUCAGGUUUUCCAACCAAGUCACAGGAUGCCUACAAUGUGCAUAGAGGAUGCUGGAUUAACAGAGAUGAAUAUAAUGAAUGAUUGGCAAGAGCAGACGAAAAAAGCCAUUGAAGAAGCAACCACCUCAUGGUACAGUGAUAAAUCUCUGAGAAGAAAGGAAGAGGACGAAGAAGAUGAUGAUGAAGACAGGAAGCUGUAAUGAAAGCUAGAGCUUUCGAUGAUUGGAAGGAUGAUAAUCCUCGUGGUGCAGGUAACAAGAAACUCACACCUUGUGGCUGAGAGAUUGAGACUGAGACACAUAUUUGACACUGUAUCCCUCUUUUGUUUCUUAUUUCCAAAACAUCUUCUUGCACUUAUGAUGUCUGUAAUGUAAUCAUCUUUCUACUGUAAACCUUAAGACUAUUACAGAUUUACAGCAUAAAAGUUAACUACUGGU